AUGCAGACCUACAGUCAUGCAAAUAAAGGUUACAAAUGGAUUUUAACAUCCAUCGAAAUUUUAAGUCGUUACGCAUUUGCCGUUCCCGCCAAGCGAAAAGGAACAGAAGAUAUGGUUCCGGCCGUUGAAAAAAUCUUGGAACAAUUUCACGAAAGAUUCGGACGUUAUCCAAAAGUCGUUCAGUUUGACGAAGGGAAAGAAUUUUACAAUAAUGGAGUUAAAGCGUUACUGGAAAAACACGACAUUCAUUAUUUUUCAACGCGACUGACUGGAAAAAAAGCAGCGGUCGUCGAAAGAUUUAACAGGACGUUAAAAACAAGAAUGUGGAAAUAUUUUACCGAACAGCAAUUUACGACCAAAUCUAAAAAAUGGAUCGACGUCCUGGAUAAUUUUGUUGCGUCGUAUAAUCAUUCCAAACAUCGUACGAUCGAUAUGAAACCUGCCGAUGUGAACGAAACCAAUAAAGAUAAAGUCUGGGUAAAACUUUACGGUUAUCCGUUAUCUCAUUUUCCAGAACCAAAAUUUAAAGUUGGAGAUUGUGUCCGAGAUCAAAUUUAUCGCAAUACUUUUGUAAAAGGAUACACUCUGAAUUAUACCGACGAUGUUUAUGUUGUGUCGGAAGUAUUUCGUGGUGAUCCAAACAUGUAUAAACUUAUAGAUCCUGACGAUGACGAUCGUGAAAUUCAAGGAAGAUUUUACGAACACGAAUUAUCGCUGGAUCUAAGUGAUAAAUAA